GCACACACCGCCCUGGGCACAGCCAUGCGUCCUGCCAGGGUGCUGCUGGCCGUCUGCACCCUGGUCCUGGUUGCCACCGGGGGCCCUUCACAAGAUUUUUGUUCCCAGAUCCUGGACUCAGGUGUGAGGCCAGGAUGCCCCAAGACCAUCGAGACCAAUGACCCUGAUGUGCUCAGGGCAGCCAGACACAGCGCUGAGAGCUUCAACAACUGCAGCAAUGACGCCUUCCUAUUCAAGGAGUCGCACGUCAGCAAGGCCCUCGUCCAGAUAGUGAAGGGCCUGAAGUUUAUGCUGGACAUGGACAUCAGCAGAACCACCUGCAAGAAGCUGGGCCACCACGCGAGCCUGGACAACUGCAGCUUCCAGACCAACCACAGCCUGCAGUGGACCUUCAGCUGCUACUCCGAAGUCUGGGUCGUCCCCUGGCUCCAGAGCGUUGAGGUCUCUGUUCUCCGAUGUCACUGACGCCUGCCUCCCAGCUGCAUCCCUGCUGCCCCAUUGGGCUCUCAAGAGCAGAGGGCAGUGCAAGGGCCACAAAGUGCCACACGGCUGGGCGGGAAGGAGGCCCUGCUGCAUGAACUCAGUCUUCUGAUGCCAUGACCCCUGGGG